AUGGCGGUCUUUCCGAAGAGAAAUGGCCUGGUGGACAUCCUUGUCGGACCUGGAAAGUACGAAGAGUACAACCUUGCUGCACGUUGGCUCUUGCGCCAAAGCGGUAUAGUGACGGCUCGUGGAGAAGAGUUUACUCCAGAUGAACUUGAACAUCAACCUGAAGUGGUAGGCAAGGACCCAGCCACUGGAGAGGAUGUAGUCCUCACCCCCGCCGAUCCCUUGCGGGGGAUCAAAAUACUGAUGAAGGCGCUUGAGGAGAUGAAUGGAAAGACCACGUUAGACAAACGUGGAGAGCUGAGAAGCCAAUUUUACCUGGAGCUCAAGCGACGCCCUGGAGAAAGAAUCAGUGAGUUCUGCACGAGAUUCAGAACGAUGGUGGCAGAUCUCCGACAAGAAGGUGUGACCUUACCGUCGGGCGAGCUUGGGUGGUUCUUGCGAUCAAAGCUUGGAUUAGACCAACUGCGACUUCAGUUGCUUGACACUGCUUUGGGUGAUGAUAUCGAAAAGGAAGUCCUUCGGCUGUUCAAAGAGCUGCACAGUCAGGAUCCUUUGGUUUGUCGACAGCAGGCGGACAGCAGACCUCCUUUGUUGCAGCGUUUUCUCAGUCAGCAAUCGGGUCCUAGACUCCCUCUAUGGCAAGCUCUGCAACUAGAUCCUUCAAGUCUGGUUGAAGAGGCGGAGGCUGAUGAUGAUGAAGAGAUGGUUGAAGACUCCCAGGAUCAAUAUUCCUUGGAGGAGCUCAUGCAGACUGAGGCAGAAGCCUUAGCAGCGGAGUUGGAUGCUGCUGCCGAAGAAGGGCUGGACCCAGCCACCUUGCAAGAGAUCGAAGACUCUGUGGAGACGGCAGCAGAAGCACUUCUCACUAUGCGGGAAGCCAAGACUCGUUUACAAGAGGUCAAGAAAGGCCGUGGCCAUGGAAAGACUGAUGGCAGCGACAAGAAAGGGACUGCAGCCAAGAAGCAGUCCGGCAAGCAUCCAUGUUUUGAUUGUGGACUUCCAGGGCACUGGGCUGGAGAUCCUGAAUGUCAAAAGCCUGGCCAGAAUUUGGGCCGCAAGUCUCCUCCCAAGAAGGCCAAGCAGGUCAAAGUGGUGGAAACCUUGAACACCGAGCAUGUUGUUGAAGAGCUGGACACCCAGACGAAUGAAGCGCUGGCAGUUGUUUCAGAACCAGGCUUGAUUUCAGAUUCUUUGGUGCAAGCUGUUAGUGAUGCACAUGGACUGCGGGAAGUGAAGGCGAUGUCACCCGCAAUUCUGGCUUGUGACAAGCGUUUGGUGGGUGCUCUUGACUCUGCAUGCAAUCGCACUUGCACAGGACCUGAAUGGCUCAAAGGUUUUUUGGCUGGAUUGAAGGAUGCUCCUCAGGAGAUUCAAGACUUGGUAGUUUCACGACCAGAGCGAGAGGUUUUCAGAUUUGGCAAUGGAGGGACGCAAACCAGUGAGGAAAGAUGGCGUUUGCCGGCAGUUGUGGGCGGGGAACUGAUUUGUUUUUGGACUUCAUUAGUACCUGUGCCUUCAUUGGGCCUUCUUCUUGGAAGGGAUUUCUUAGAGGCAGUGGGCGCCGACAUGAGCUUUGCCCGGCGCAUUUUGAUGUGUGAGCAUUUGAACUCGGUUCCCAUUCCUCUUCAUCAACUGACUGCAGGCCAUUAUUUGCUUCACCUCCUGCCCUCCAGUUGGCCAGGUGUGGUUUCCCAGAAACGUUGGAAGCGAUUGGGUGUUGAUGGCGUUUUGGAACUUCAGUUGUCUAUGAAGGAUUGGCUGAACAAGCGUUUUGGAGGUGGUGUCAGUCGUGCUGUCAGAGCUCAUGAUCAUCUCUUGACAGAACAUAGUCUUCAAGCUGGCCGCAUGGUUCUGGCUCAAGCCUCAAUGACUUCAGCACCUGUGCUGAAACCCAAUUCGACAUCUGCGCCUACUACCAGUCCAAGUGCGAGUUCUCAACCUGUGAAUGGAGAGCCAGUCUCAUCUUUUGGGAUGGAGACGACUGGUGCUUCGCAGUCAAGAGCGAAGCGUGUGGGCCGCAAAAGGUCUUCUGCUGUGGCUGCUCCAAAAGCCCUGGCUGCGCAGGCCAUGGAUGGAAUCAUCCCAAAGCAGCACUUGAAGAAGGCGGAGUUGGCUCAGACCUUCAACAUGCAGAACCUUGGGAAUUGCAGCCAUUUGCGAGACCGGCUGGGUCUGGCAGUGUCUUUCAUGGAAGACCCCAAGGUGGAAGGGAUGCUGUGUGGCCGAGCCGUGAAAGGCCUGGGGGCCAAGUUGAAGAAACAGGCCCAGGCCGAGGCCUUGGAAGCCGCGAAGGCGGCAGAGGAAGCUGGCAGUCGAGAGCAAGAAGCACGAUCCAUGAUUGGACCAAAGGGCGGCUUACCGACCCUGCGUGGAGAUCUUCUGCGCCUGGCGGCGCUGCUGCAUGUGAAGGUGGAGGAUGGCGACACGGUGACCCAGCUGAAAGAGAAGAUCAAACCGACUGUGGCCUUGCUCAAGGAGAAGCCCGAACCGAAAGUGAAAGCCAAAAGCAAGGGCCAAGCUCGUGGAGCAAUUCCCAAAUCAGCCCCACGUCAUGCGACGUGCUCGUCAGUGAGCAUGAACGAUCGGCCUUUGACAGUCAUCGCCGACCAACAGCGGCAACUAGGCGUCAUGGUGGAUCAUCUGGCCCGAGAGAUUUCUGCUCUUCGGCGGCCCAUGGUGGAGCAAGAGUCGGAGGAAGUGGAGGAGGCAGAGAUGAUUUCCGAACGAGAGUGGACUCCCUCAGAGAUUGCGCAGUUGAAUGCAGACGCCUACGAAGAGCUGUACAGGGACAGGUUGAUGGCCCAGUAUGGAGAGGAAAGGCUGAUCGGCCUGACCAGCGACGAGAUCGAGCAAGCAACGGCGUGGAAAAGACAUGAGGAAGAUCGUCGCAAAGUUUCCCUGGGCCCUAGCCAGCUGAAGGAGAUUUUGGUUGCUCAACAUGAACAAGAAUUUCGACACUUCAUGAAUGAUGAGACCUUUUUCCAAUCGGUGAUCCCCUUGUGUCUGAAGUCUGAAGUGUACACGAACUCUCAGAAUUUCAUGAAGGAGGCAUUGAAAAGAGGGCAUCAAGUUGGCACUCCAAUGUCUUUAGAAACUGGCUGGGACUUUCGACGUGCUGACCAUCGAAAGAGAGCAUAUCAGACUGUCAUGGAUGAGAAGCCAUUCUGUUUGAUCAUUGCUUUUCCAUGUGGUGGUUUCAGCCCGUUGCAGUUUUUGAAUCCUCAUGGCCUCGAAGGUUUGCCUCAGAGGCGUCAGGAGAGUUUGGAGUUGAUGAGAUUUGGCAUAGAACUGGCAAAAUUGCAAGUUCGGGAGGGCAGACACCAGAAGGCCACCAAGAUAGCAAGUUCAAGUGAUGCAGUCAUCAAGUCUGUGGAUGGCAAUCGGUGCACGCGCACCCAUGUUCAUGAUCCAGUCAUUGGUGGUGCUAAGGUGACGGCUCGUGCCGGCAUUUAUCCUCGAGCUCUGGCACGCGCCAUGGUUCGAAGUGUCGAGGAGCAGUUCGAGAAGCAGUAUGACUUGAACUCUGGCAAUGUUGGUGAAGUCCUAGCAGCGGAGGCGGAGGAUGAUGAGGGGAUUGAUUUUGUUCAGAACAGUGGUGCGUUUGCUUUGAAUGAAGAUGAUCUUUCAGAUGUGGAAGAGCAAACGGAAGAUGAUAGCCAAGGGCGCAUCAGCCAGUCAGUCAAGCUUGCAAUUCGCAGACUCCAUGAGAAUACGGGCCACCGUAGCAAUGUUCGCUUGGCGCGGGCAUUGGCUAUCGCCGGAGCCCCUCCUGAGGCAAUCAUUGCGGCGAAACGGCAUCGAUGUGAUGUUUGUGCCGAACGAGUCGCUCCUAAAGUUCGUCGGCCUGCUUCUUUGCCUACACCCCGUGACAUGGGUGAUCAGGUGCACAUUGAUUUGCUGGAAAUUGAAGACAUCAAAGAGAACAAGUUCUUUGUGGUUCAUUGCACGGAUAGUGCAACGCGUUUUCAGAUGGCCGAAGUCUUGAAGGACAAGUCGACCGCCAGUGUGGUGCGCUUCUUGUCCACCAAAUGGCUUCCUGUUUUUGGUGCACCCCGUGUUUUGGUGGCAGACCAAGGGAGAGAGUUCAUCUCUUGGGAAAUGGAAGAGUGGGCAUCUUCAGUGUCUACGCAGUUCUUUCAGCGAUUGUGGCUGCUCAAAGCGUGCUUGCUUGGCUUUGACGACAUGCAGGUGGCUCUGGGUGAGGCAGUCUAUGCCUGCAAUGCAGAUAUCAAUGAGUCUGGAGCUUCGCCUUUUCAAGCAGCUGUGGGCCGCCAGCCCCGUAUGGUUGGCGAUGUCCUUGGUGGAAUCCAGAAUCGCCUGGCCGAACACGGUCUGGUAUCUUCAAAGCCUUCACUAGCACGACAGAUUGCCAUGCGGGAGACCGCCAAGGUGUCCAUGUGCCGUUUGCAUUUCAGCAGAGGCCUGAGAAAGGCAGAGCUGGCGAGAUCAAGAAGCACAACUAUUGAAGAAGCUCCAGCCCCGGGAACAGUCUGUUAUUUUUACAGACCAGUGAGAUACAAUCGAAAAGGUGCUGGCAGCAGGAAGAAGUUGACUCUGAAACGCUGGCAUGGGCCAGCCUUGCUGGUGGCUUUGGAAGGGCAUGCAUCAGCCUUCUUGUCCUACAAAGGCCAACUGACCAAAUGUGCGUUGGAGCAUGUCAGGGUCGCUUCGACAAUGGAGCAAAUUGCGGCUGAGACCUGGCGUGAAGCGAUUGAUGAGGUGGUGGAAGCCGCACGACAGGAUGCAGCUCGACAAGAGCCUGAGGAAGCUCCAGUUGUAGAUGCUGAGAGCUUGCCAGCUGGAGAAAAUCCAAGAACCCCAGCAUUCUUGCCUUCUACUCCGGCGCCGGCGGCACUUCAACCUGCUUCAGCCGAUGGUGGUGCCGACCUGCCACCGUUGCAGCCUCAAAAACUGGUGGGAGCUAUGCUAUCUCUUGGUGAUGAAGGGGGUAGUGGCUUGGUAUCAGUUCCUGGACCGCGCCGGAUGAGUGAUGUUUCAUCCAGAGCCGCGGCCUCUUCAAUUCCUGGAUCGCGCCGGAUGAGUGAUGUUUCAUCCAGAGCUGCGGCCUCUUCAAUUCCGCCAUUGCCCAGACCCUUGCCUUUGUCUCAGACCAUUGAGAAAGCCCAGAGGUUGGACGCCACAGCAGGGGUGAAACGACCUGCUGAGAUUGGUGCCAGUGACUACAAGGAUGCUCAAGACGUGGCUGACGGUGGAGCAGCCUCGGCGGCUGAACCUUCAAGGGUAGCAGAUGCCUUGCUGGUCUCUAAGGAAGAUAUUUUUGCUUCCUUGGGGGAUCCGUCAGUUCAUCCUUUGGUGCACAUCCACAAUGGUGCUUGUUUGGAUCGACUCCGACCUUUGGAGAGUCGUGUCAAUGAUCAUGGCUCCUGGCAUGGAAGAUGGCAUCUUCCCUCUCAGUCAGAAUGGGAAACACGCAGCAAGCUUGGUUUGUCCUGGCCUAUAGGCAGUGAUGAUGUGGAAGAUUCACAUGAAGCCUGUGCAGUUCAAGCGGCCCGGAAGGAAUACUUCUGGAAGAGCAUGACCGAUGAGCAGAAGAAGGAGUUCAAAGAAGCUGCAACCCAAGCGUGGUCUGUUUGGGCAGAGAAUGAUGCUUUGCAGAUCUUGAGCGAUGAGGAGGCAGCAAAGGUGCGUCAGAAGUUGAAGCAGAACAAAGAAUCUGACAGCAAGAUUCUGACCCCAAGGUAUGUUUUCACAGACAAACAUGAAGCCUUGAGGACUCCGACCAAUCCUUUGCCUUUGAAAGCUCGUGCGCGCAUCGUGGUUCCUGGCUUUAAGGAUGUCAUGGCCUUCAGCAUUCGCAAAGAUGCUCCUACCGCGUCUCGAAUCAGCCAGCACAUGUUGUUCAUCAUGACGGCAAGUUUCAAGAAAGCCAAGAAAGCCUGGAGAUUGAUGAGUACAGAUGUGAAGAGCGCCUUCAUGAAGGGCGACCCUUUUCUGGCAGGGACUCGUGAGCUUUACAUGGAGAACAUCCUCUGCAAGGGAGUCUUUGGUUUGUCGGAUGCCCCUAGACAGUGGUAUUUGCGAUUGAACAAAGACUUGGAAGCGCUGGGUUGGGAGAGAAGCAGUCUUGAUUAUGCUUGCUGGUUGCUGUGGUCGGAAGACCGAACUACUCUGGAUGGCAUUCUUCUUUCGCAUGUUGAUGAUUUGCUUCUUGGUGGUAACCUGCGAGCUCAAGAAUCACUCCUUUCUCUUGGCGAAUCCUUGAGUUUUGGGUCAGUUGAAUAUGAUGAUUUUGUUUACUGUGGGAAAAGAAUCCGACAAAGAGCAGAUGGAACAAUCACUAUUUCCAUGGUAGAGUAUCAUCAAAACCUCAAGCCCAUCGUCAUUCCUGCGCAUCGCAGAGCACAACCUGAUGCUGAGCUAUCAGAAGCAGAACGACGCCAGCUUCGAGCAGUUCUAGGCUCUCUGCAGUGGUUGGUAGCCCAAUUGAGAAUCGACCAAGGAUUUUCUUUGUCUAGCCUUCAAGGGGAGAAACCUCGAGUUCAGACUUUGGUCAAAGCAAACGUGCUUUUGAAGAAGUUCAAGAUGCACCCUCGUUUUGAAUUGACCUUCAAGCCCCUAGAUUUGGAUGGAGCUGGCAUCCUGGUCAUCACAGAUGCGUCCUUGGGGAAUGUGACCAAGGAAGGUUGUGCAGAGGGUUCUGUGACAGAACGCGUGUUUUCACAGAGUGCCUAUUUUGUCCUGGUGGCCGACCGUCACCUGAUGUCGGGCAAGGAAGGGAACUUUGGAAUUCUUGAUGCAAGAUCCCAUAGGAUCCCACGCGUCUGCCGCUCCACUUUUGGAGCAGAACUACUUGGUGCUGAAGAAGGACUGGACAAUGGUCAGUUCGCUCGUGGCAUGCUUGCUUUGAUGCUGGGAUAUCCAAUGAAUGGACGCUGUGCAGAUGGCGUCAUGGAUGCUGUCCCGCUGAUGCAAGUCACUGACGCCAAGGAUGUUUUCGACAAGGGUAGCUCUGACACUCCAACGUAUGGAUCACAGAAAAGCUUGGCAUUCACCAUUGCAUGGAUGAGGUCAAUCCUAGCUCGUCCAAACACUUGCCUGCGCUGGACAUCGACCGAGAACAUGUUUGUGGACGCGGGAACUAAGGAGAUGGAUGUUGAUCAUAUGCAUCGCAUUAUCCAGAGCGGAACUUGGAGCGUGGAGUUCAACCAGACCUACGUGAAGCAGACCUCCAGGAAGACGAAAGCUUCUGUAGCUUCUGAGAGUGGAAAUUCAGAGUUGGUAGGAUUUUGGUGCAAAGCACGGCCAGAUCUCGAAGCAGACAUUGUGCAAAGCACGGACCUAAGAAAUCUUGGAGCAAUUGUUCUGGCACACGCCAGGCAACGUUCUGAAGAUGGAUUUGUCCGGGUGCUGGACGGAGAGGCCCGUGCCCGCCUCUACACUGGAUCCAAAUCAGCGAGCCGUCGGAAGUGCUUGGCUUUGGUGGGAAGGAUGCAGCAAACCACUGGUGAGUCGCCAAUUGACAACCUUCAACUUCCCAACUUGAUGCGCCGAAAAGAUGCAUUGCUCCUCACAGUUGGACGCCGUAUUCAGCAAUUCUUUGUGUGGGCACUGCGCUGGAAACAGCGGCGAAUCAUGGCAAGGUUUCCUUCUGAGUGCCACCAAGCAGCCGUGAAAGCAAGAGCGCAGUCCAUGCAGGAAGGAGAUGACAGCUCUGUGGCGCUGAACCUCCUUGUUGAACACGGCUGCCUCGUGGAGUCCUAUGGCCAGGUGCCGCAGGUGAUUCGAACCCGAGCGGACGAAUUCAUAGCAGAAUGCUUGCAGCGCCCAGAGGGUGAACUUGAUGAGGAACUUGCUGACUUUUUGAAGCACUGUCAGAUAAACCCAGGACGUCCAUACAAGGCCGAUCGCGUCGGACAUAAACUCCUACUGCUAAAGGCACUCCGCAGCCCGGAACUGCGCGUGAUGUGGCGGUCUGAUGUGGAGGCAUUCACCCAGCACCGGUACAUCACCGGCACUUGGACUCGCAGAGCACCAUUGUAUUACCUGCCUGACGAUGGCUCGGAGUGCGUGGUGCUGCGGCGCCCAGGUGACGAAGAAUCCUCGCGGUUCCGGAAGAACAUCUUUGCAUACGCGGAGUCUCAUGGUCUCGGACAGAGUGGGGGAGGCUGGACUGACAGCAGCCAUUGGCCCGCUGGCUCUCUCAUGUACGAGCUGGGAUCAUUGCUUUGUAUUGACGAGGCAGCGAAACUCCCAAACCAUUUUGUCACUGACAUUGAGAAGAUUGUUCAAGACUGUGUUUUGCUAUGUCCCGAUGGCGUGGCUGAUGCCCUUCCAGGCGAAGUUCUCCACGACGCUGGCCAGAAUCCCAUCGUUGCUUCUUCCAUUGGCAAGUCGCAACACACCCAGGUUUCGAAGGCCUCCGUAGAGGAUUUUCCGCUGAUGAAACAGCAGCAGUCGCCACGGUGGUGUUCGAAACUGGACGCAUUUGUGGACAUUGUUCAGGUAGGGAAGGACAAAGAUGCGUUCUUCGUUUGCGUGCGGACAAGGACACCAAAUUCAAAGCCUGUCUUGGACUUCUUGGUUCAACUGCGUCUUGAAUACCUCAGAAGCUUUGGCCGUGCAGUGGACUUCAACUGUACCUGUCAUGCUUCUGUUACUGGGGAGUACUAUGUGAAUUUGGCACCUGUUGCCUGCAUGCGGAAGAUCAAAGUCCCUGUCGGAGAGGGCUGCUUAGGUUUAGACUUCGACUAUCUGAAUCCUGAACUCCGAGAGACAGUAACGCAACGUGGCCUUCCUGUGGCUACAGUGGACUCAUCACAGGGAAAAGGAAAUCUGCAUGCAAGUUCAGCAGAAUGCUGGAGAGGUUGCUUGGAAGGGCGAUCUGUUCUGACUCGAUUGUACGACUUCAAUCGAAAACCUGGAUCUUUGCCUAUCGCGCAACGCAUGAUUGCGAAGCUGUUUCAAUAG